AUGUCUUCUAACGGUCUCCCUCUCGUGCGGCUACCAGAGCCUUACAAAUCCACUUAUCAAUUUCAUGUUGUUUCCAGUGAGCAAAAUGUCCGCACGUUUCAAUUGCUCCGAUCUCCCCGCGAUGACGAAGGCAUACCUCCCCCGAAGCAAUUGGACAAUUCUGCGUUGAAGUUCACGGACUUGAUUCAUCCCGAUUCCUCAACUAUCCCCGAAGACGGUAACAACUCUGCCUGGGCUCGUGCGCAGAGGAGUCCUUUCGUACACUUCUCUUGGACAAGCUCUGAGGCACCUACCGUGGGCCAAAUAUGGACCAUCAUCUAUGGAAUACAGACGCUGCAUAGCGACUAUGAGGUUUUCCGCGCAGUCCUAUCCGGCAUUGGCAAAGACUUGAUUUCCCGAGAGCUCAAGGCCGUUGGUCUAGCUAUUGCCCAUCCCGAGCCUUCAGCAGCCCCAGGCAAGCCUGUUCCCACCUCAACUGGUCAUCAAGGAGAGCUGGUCUUCUUCCGCAGCAGCUUCUGGCAAGGUGCAGGCUCGCCAUUUGGCAACCGCCCAGCCUGGGUCUCUGAUCCCGGUAUCUACAGUUACAUGCGCAAGCCUCUGAAUAGCUACCCGGCUCGACCUCAACAACAUACCGUGACCACCGGAUUCCCUGAACGUCGAGUACAUGCUCUCCAUCCCGUCCGCCCUCCCAAGCCAGCCGCUGGCUCUCGCGUCUACAGCAGAUACAUCCCACACCUUGACGAAUUCUUCUCGGUCUUUGCUCUCGACUAUAAGAAUCCGGAACAUCUUGGUCUUUUCAACAAAUGGCAGAAUGACCCUCGUGUUGCCCAGGGUUGGAACGAGACUGGGACACUGGACGAGCAUCGAGAGUAUCUACGGAAGAUCCACGAGGAUCCGCACCAGAUGGCUGUUCUAGCCAAGUUCAAUGACACUUUCUUCUCCUAUCACGAGAUCUACUGGACUAAAGAGGACCACCUUGGCGCAUACUACAACGCUGGAGACUGGGACCGAGGCCGUCACUCCCUCGUUGGCGACGAGAGGUUCCGAGGCCCGCACCGUACGAUUGCAUGGUGGACCGGGUUGAUGCACUACAUUUUCCUAGACGACCCGCGAACAGGACUUGUCACUGGCGAACCGAAAUACUCCAACUUGGCCCCCUUGACGUACGACCACGCCACGGGUAUGAAUCUUGCCAAGCUGGUCGACUUGCCGCACAAACGCUCCGCUCUUAUACUUGGCAGUCGUGAAAAGUUUUUCCACGUAGCACCUUUACGAUUUGACGGGUCCGACACCCUGGACCGAAACCCCUUCCGGUCGUUGAAGCUAUAG